GUUGCCCGUAUUGUACACUACCUCCGCAAGAGGCUGGUGGGGAAGACCAUCGCCAAUGCUGCGGCCAUAGAUGAUAGCAGCGUAUUUGGCAAGGUCGGAACCAGUGGAAAAGAGGUCGAAGAGGCUCUGAAAGGUAGAACGGUUGUCUCCGCGGGCUCUCAAGGAAAAUAUUUUUGGAUAACGUUAGACAAGCCACCGCAUCUGGUAAUGCAUUUUGGCAUGACGGGCUGGGUACACAUAAAUGGCGAGAAGACGGCUUAUACAAACUACUACAAGAAAAUGAAGGAGAGCGACAUCGCUCAAUGGCCCCCCAAGUUUUGGAAAUUCCACCUCAGCACAGAUGACAAAGAGCCCGUCGAAGUCGCAUUCACCGAUGCCCGGAGAUUCGGGCGCGUGCGUCUUGUCAACUGCCCUGGCGAAUCCAUUCGGAAGCACUCUCCUCUUGUUGAGAAUGGACCUGAUCCCGUUGUCGACAAGGACAUCUUCACAGAGGAGUAUCUGCGCGGCAAGAUGAAGUCCCGACACGUCCCUAUCAAAGCCCUGCUGCUGGACCAAGCCAUGAUUAGCGGCAUCGGGAACUGGGUCGCCGACGAGACUCUCUACCAAGCCAAACUCCACCCGGAGCAAUACUCUGAUACCUUUGAUGACAAGGAAAUCGCAAAGCUGCACGAGUCCAUCCGUUAUGUCUGCCAAACAGCCGUAGACAAACUGGGCGACUCGGAUGAAUUCCCUGAUCACUGGCUCUUCAACUACCGUUGGGGUAAGGGUGACAAAGAUGCAGCGACAAAGCUCCCCAACGGAGAAAAGCUCGCCUUCAUCACUGUCGGCGGACGGACUAGCUGCUACGCACCAGGCGUGCAGAAGAAAACCGGCGCCGUUGUUGCCAGCGCAAAGACAGAG